AGAUUAAAAAAAAGCCUUUAGUGUCACAACUUUCAGAAGGCAAGAAUUUGUAGGCUGAAAAAUUCGUUUGGGUCAUUGGAGAUAUUUGAUCGUAUGAGGAGAGAGGUCUUGAAGUUUUUUAUGCCACAGGUUAAACAAAAAAAAGGGUAAACCGAAGCUACAAAUAAGACGACAAUGUAGUAUUUGUUUUCUGGGUUUCAUGUCCUCUAUUUUGUGUAAUUUUUUGUCCAUUCCCACAUUAUGCUUUAUCGUGAUGAUUUUGUGUCGUUGGGUUUUGUCUUCUUUUCUUUUUUUUUGGUCCCACGUGAUUGUGCUGUGGUUUAUAGGUACAAUUUUGGUUUUAGUUUCAUUCAAUCGUUUUGGUAUAUCAGUAGGUUGUGUGUAAGUAUAUAAAGGGCUGAAUGCAGGAACGUUUUCAAAGGAUGGCAUUGAGAUACUCUUGAACAAAGGCUGGGUAUUGGGGCCCGCCCCGUGUCAGAUUCAGACCUGAUGUUGAUCCUUGUACUUUCGGUCAAACACAACAGAAUUUUUAAAACUCUUGCAAUUGCUAUUGGUCCGUCUCCAGAUAUCUAAGACCCUGUAUUCGCAUGUACGUAUAUGUACAUGUAUAUGUGUACUGUACAUGUAUUCUUCUUUGAGAAUUGGAGAGCACUUAAAAGGGGCCACUUUACAAAGGAAAGGAAAAAAAAAAUGACAAGCUCCACUACUCAGUCAUCUGCACCAAAGAGGCCUAGGGCUUCUUCUUCAUCUGCUCCCAAGGUCACUCUCAUGAUCAAGGGCCAGGAUGGGAACACGAACAUGUACAAAGUGUCGAUGGAUGCGCCGUUGAAGAAGCUGUUCAUGUACUACUGUGGCAACAGAAACUUGGAUCACAGGACCGUCAGAUUCAUCUAUAAGCGCCACUUGCUCAAUGCCAAGCAGACUCCAGCUAAGCUAAUGAUGGAAGAAAAUGAUCAGAUCGAUGCCUUCAUGGAGCAGCCUGGUGGUGGCUUUUACCCUUCAGCUUGAUCCCCACCCCACCAAUCAAAACAAGAACUUUGUAAUGUUCGGUUUUUUUAUUAAACCUUAUAUCGGAUUUGUAAUAUUUACAUAUAUUACAUCGUACUAAUCUAAUUAGUCUAUCUUAUUAUCAUUUAGCUUGUGUA